GUGAUCAUGCACCCCCGUCUCUGUACCCUCAUGGCUUCUGCAUCAUGGUCUCUUGGUUUUGCCAAUUCCUCCUUGCAGACAGUGCUCAUCUUCCUUGUCCCACUUUGUGGGAGAAAUAAACUAGAUCACUUCUUUUGUGAGGUCCCCCCACUGCUCAAGCUUGCCUGUGUUGACACCACUGUGUAUGAGUCUGAGAUGUUCUUCGUCAGCGUGAUCUUUCUUUUCAUUCCUGUGGCAUUAAUCACAGUUUCCUAUGGUCAGAUUGUCAGGGCAGUCUUAAGAAUAAAGUCAUCUACAGGGCAGAGGAAAGCGUUUGGGACAUGUGGGUCCCAUAUCACAGUGGUCUCCCUGUUCUAUGGCACGGCCAUCUACGCUUACCUCCAGCCCAGCAACAACCACUCCCAGGAUCAGGGCAAGUUCAUUUCUCUGUUCUACACCAUCAUCACCCCCAUGGUCAACCCCGUCAUAUAUACGCUGAAGAAUAAGGAUGUAACGGGAGCAAUGAAGAAGGUGCUUUGGAGGGGCCAUGACUGUACAUGA